AUGGCAGCUGCGAGUAAGAGUCCAAAUCUGGAAAAUCUUGUAGCCGUCUGGCUUGAUGAGAAACUCGACAAGGAAGACGAUAAUCAUAAAUUCAAAGAGGAGUUCCAUAGUACAUUUAGAUCGGUAGAAACAUUUGAUAAUAUGAAGGCAUGUAUCGAAUUUAUGACCGAUGCCAAACAUGAGAAAAUACGUUUGAUCGUUUCGGGUUCACUGUGUCAACAAAUCCUUCCUCUAAUCUAUCAAAUGUCACAAUUGGAAUCGAUUUACGUUGUCUAUUCAAAUAGGGCCGAAUAUGAACAGUGGAUCUGA